CUUCUAUAUCAGUUUCGUACUACGAAUCAACGUGAUAACACAUAACAAUGAAAUUCUUUGUCGUCCUCGCCUGCUUUUUGGCUGUUGCCUACGCCAACGAAGAAGCCGAUGUCCUUCGUUUGGAGAGUGAAGUGAACCCAGACAGCUACAAAUAUGCCUACGAAUUCUCCAACUCCAUCAAAGCGGAACAAGAGGGUACCCUGAGCGGUGAUGCCUUGGUUGCCAAGGGCCAAUACUCAUUCACCGCACCCGAAGGCGAUCAAGUUUCCGUGCAAUAUGUUGCUGAUGAAAACGGUUACCAAGUUUUGAGCGCCAACCCACCCCUGCCAACCUCGCCACCAAUUCCAGAGGCCAUCUUGAAGGCUAUCGCUUACAUCCAGGCUCACCCACCCAAGGAAUAAGCUGUUGUUAUGUGCUUUAACACAUUGAUUGUUUCGUUUUUUACCUCUUUU